AUCAGCAACUCUCUGGGGCGAUAGAAACUGGCCGGGGGAGUGUCACUGGCUAGAAGCACUUUCUUCCUGUUUCACUCCAACUAGCUAACUUCGAUUUAUUCCUUGUCAUUUUGUGAGUGUCGGAGAACAUUAGCUCCACAAAAGUCAUCCUUAGCUCGCGAGCUACUUGCCAGCUGCUGCUAGCACGCGUUUCACGACCCCGGGCUUCGUGUCGAGGUGUGGAGCAUGUGGACGUCCUGCUGUAACUGGUUCUGUCUGGACACUGCCACGGUGGAGGAGAGCAACAGCAGCAUGCGUCACCAGGCCUAUACUAACUCAGGUUACAGCAGCUACCCAUCGCCCCCACUCCCGGAACACACAUGCAAAGCCUGCGGAAGCCGCUUCGUCACCCUUGCCAGAAAGCAUGUCUGCGUGGACUGCAAGAAGAACUACUGCGGCAGUUGUUCGGCCCAGCUUGAGCCCCGGCAACGCCUUUGCCACACUUGCCAGCGGUUUCACGGCACGCUUUUCGAGCGCACCGAGCUGAUGAAGCUCAAGGUGAAGGACCUGCGCGACUACCUCCACCUGCACGAGGUCUCAACACAGAUGUGCCGUGAGAAAGAGGAACUGGUGGAGCUGGUCCUGGGACAGCAGACACCAUCAUCCUCUGGCCCAAUCAUAAACCCUCUGACCCAAACACAGACCCCCACCGUGACCCAGCAUGAGACAACUCCUCUUCCAGCCCCCACUACUACUACCACCACCACCGCACCCUCCACACACCCUGACCCCACCUCCACAGACAAUGUCCCUUCACAGCUGCCACCCACUCAGGAGGGCAGUCAGACCCCGUCUGUGUUGUUGCCCUUGGGUCCUGAGGAGCCACUGGACACUGAGGGAGAUACAGAGCUGCAGGGAGAGCAGGAGCUGCAGUCCUCAGACACAGAUGAGGUGCUGGCACCAGGCCGCAGGGCGUCGCUGUCAGACCUGGCCACGGCAGAUGACAUCGAGGCCCUCAGCGUCCGGCAGCUCAAGGAGAUCCUAGCCCGUAACUUUGUCAACUACAAGGGCUGCUGCGAGAAGUGGGAGCUAAUGGAGAGGGUCACCCGCCUCUACCAUGACCAGAAGGACCUCCAGAAUCUGGUUUCAAGUACAAAUGACGGCACAGACCCCAGUGGUACCCCUGGCCAGGAAGAGAACCUGUGUAAGAUCUGCAUGGACUCUCCUAUUGACUGUGUCCUGCUGGAGUGCGGCCACAUGGUCACCUGCACCAAGUGUGGCAAGAGGAUGAACGAGUGCCCCAUCUGCAGGCAGUAUGUGGUGCGCGCCGUUCACAUCUUUAGAGCCUGAGACCUACUAAGCCUUGGGAACCCCCCCACUUCCCCCCCACCUACCUCCCGUAAAUUAACAAGGGACUUGCUACAUGUGGCCUUACCACCCAUAGGGCGGCAGGGUAGCCUAGUGGUUAGAACAUUGGACUAGUAACCGGAAGGUUGCAAGUUCGAACCCCCGAGCUGACAAGGUACAAAUCUGUUGUUCUGCCCCUGAACAGGCAGUUAACCCACUGUUCCUAGGCCGUCAUUGAAAAUAAGAAUUUGUUCUUAACUGACUUGCCUAGUUAAAUUAAAAUAAAAAAUUAUAUUAAACAAAAUAGGCUAGACCAGGGGUAUUCAACUCUUACCAUAUGAGGUCCGGAGGCUGUUGGUUUUCUGUUCUACCUGAUACAUAUUUGCAUCUACCUGGUGUCCAGUCUGUGAUUAGAGGGGAAAGCAUUGGAAAUGGCUUUUGAGGUCCAGAGUUGAGUUUGAGGGGACUAACCUCCUCUCCCUCCAGUUCUCCACUGCUCUGAUGGUCCUGGAGACCCAGAGUACUGGUUCCCCCUGCUGGAGGGAUGACCAGGGGAGGUUAUACCUUCAAGAAACCACACAAACCCAAUGACUGGACAUGGGCACUUCCUCCUUUUAUUGACUGGACUCCUACAGCUCAUAUCUUAAAGCCGAUAAGGAUAUUAUGUCAUAUUAUUAGAAUAAGAGUGCCUAAUAACAAAUAUGUAUUUUUCCUUUGGAGACCUACUACUAGUAAAUACAUAUAUGACCCCUUACUGUAUAUGUAUAUAUGUAUGUAUGUAUGUAUGUAUGUAUAGUGCCUUGCGAAAGUAUUCGGCCCCCUUGAACUUUGCGACCUUUUGCCACA